AUCUUCUUUUGUGUUGUCCGGAAGAAAGAAAGGCUGAGUGAAUGUUGACAUUUUUGUUAUUUUCGGUGAACUAUCACUUUAAUAUUGCUUUUUAAUCUAAAGUUACUUUUGUGUUAAAGCAAUUAUUGAAUCCCCUGUAGUGCCGCCUGCUACAGACCUGUUGAAUAGGUCUGCUAUCAAAGUAAGAAAAAAGGUAAACUAGGAAAAAAUAGCAAGUUUGAAAUGCAUUUAUGGCCCUCAGAGGAACAGUGCGGAGACUGUUAACAUAAUUCUCUUUUUCCUAAAUCCAUUCUCUAUUGUGUUCAACCUCUCAUUUGCCGUAUUGCCCUAAACUGAAACUAUUGAUCCAGACAGUGACCCGCACUUACACUCACACUAAUUGAAAAGGGUCACAGUAACCCCAUUUUUGAAGCUAAAAUAACAAGAGCUGAGAUAAAAAUCCUACGAAUGGAAAAACAAGACAAAAUCUCUGCAAAACAUCCAUGAGAGGUCAUCAUCAUACAGCAGUGGUAUUGGAAAAUACAGCGUGUGUUUGUGAGUCAUGAUGGCAGUGUGAGGCUUUGUCAACACUUCUGAGGUUUCUGAGACGCAACGUUAACGGAAUACAGAGUAUUUUUGUGCUUCCUGUUUAUUUUGCCUUGUGGACUCUCUGCAUUUACUUUUUGGGCAGUUGCGAAAAAAUGUGACGUCAGAGAAAAAGGAAGAGACUGUUUGUAAAACCACCUUGUUUUGCGCAAGAUCUGUUGACGUUACAACUCAGAUGUUCGCUUGACUGCAUUGGAUCCAACUGCAGGGGAAGAGCGAGAGUCUCGACAAUAUUUACGACGUUUUAUUGUGCGACCUGCAAAAUUAUGAAGAACAUAUUCUGAAUGGAGAAACCAAUUUUGUAAGGCCAUUAGGAGGCAUAGGGUCAGCGGGAAUUCAGCAAGCCUCAGAGAUUCAAGCGCAGGGGCCUCCGAAGGGAGUCCGGGGGGUUCUGGGAGCUCCAGGACAGGGAUGAACCGGAGGACCAGGGUAGAGGGGAUAUGGCUGGGAGACAACUUCACCCAGAAGGGAAGCUUCAUGAACAAGCCGUCGCAGGGGUGGUUGCACCCUGACAAAAAGAUCAGCAGCACAGGAGCUUCGUACAUCGUCAGGUACAUGGGGUGCAUCGAGGUUUUGAAAUCAAUGCGAUCUUUGGACUUCAACACUAGGACACAGGUUACAAGAGAGUCCAUCAACAGAUUGUGUGAAGCUGUACCUGGUGGAAAAGCUGCCUGGAAGAAGAAGGUCACCAACAAAACACUUCAGUCUAUCAUGGGGAAGAGUAACCUUCGAUUUGCUGGAAUGAGCAUCGGCGUCAACAUCUCUAUCGAAGGCUUAAGUUUGCUGGUCCCCACCACACGACAGGUAAUUGCACACCAUCCCAUGCAGUCCAUCUCCUUCGCUUCUGGUGGAGACUCGGAUACGCCGGACUAUGUAGCCUACGUGGCCAAAGAUCCUGUCAAUCAAAGAGCUUGUCAUAUCAUGGAGUGCAGUGAUGGUCUUGCCCAGAAUGUGAUCAGUACCAUCGGUCAAGCCUUUGAACUGCAGUUCAAAAUGUACUUACACAGUCCACCCAAAGCCAUUCCCACUAUGGACAGGAAUAUACGAACAGAGGAGUCGGCAUGGGGUGAUGAUGAGGAAUCAUCCGAACAUGAUUAUUACAACAGCAUCCCGGGCAAAGAACCUCCGGUGGGGGGUGUGGUGGACUCUAGACUCAGACAUCCCGUGGGCCUAGUAGGUCACGUCCAUACCCAACCACAAAGCAAAACAGCUCAGGUGGGGUCACCGGCCAAAAGAGAUGUAAACACCCUUCCCGCUGCCCAUUUGUGUUACGAAGUGCAUUGGGACACAGAAAACAACAGUAGCUCGAGUUUGACAUCUGAUGGUUACCUGCGAGCGGAUGGACAUCCAACUGGCAGCCGUGAUUACGAGGAACACCUGUAUGUUAACACUCAGAACCUGGACAACAUGGAGAGCUCAAGAGGACACAAACCAGAGAGUCCUAAGAAAGAUAUAUUUGACAUGAGGCCAUUUGAGGAUGCCCUGCGUAUGCACGAGGCCGGUGGGGUUUGUAUACUUGAGGACAAGUGGCCGAGCCCUCCGCACCGCCGGGCCCCCAUCGCUCCUACAGAAGACCAACUCAGACGUGAAGUGUGGUACCAUGGGCGCAUGAGCCGCAGGGAUGCAGAGAAUCUUCUGGGCCGAGAUGGAGAUUUCUUGGUGCGGGACAGCGCGACUAACCCUGGACAGUAUGUGCUGACGGGGAUGCAGUGCGGCCUGCCUAAACAUCUGCUGCUGGUGGAUCCAGAAGGAGUGGUGGGUGGUGCUUUUGACCCCGUUCGGACUAAAGAUAUGCUAUUCGAGAGCAUCAGUCACCUGAUCAUCUACCACUUGACCAACAAGCUCCCCAUUGUAGCGGCGGAGAGUGAGUUACACCUCCAGCAGGUGGUUUGCAGAAAGAAUUGACCUCCGCGUCACAUGAGAGCGAGGCCGUGACCUGUGCCGCCAAUCUAGAAGCUCCACAAUAUUGCCUUAAACGCAGACUUUGAGCUUCCGCUGGGACUUGUGGGAUACCUCUGUUCCUAAGGCACUGACCACAAACUACAGCUUUCAGCAUGCCUUGCUCAAUCAUCCUCUUUACCAACCCAGAACCCCCUGAGAAGAACCCCACACACUAGAGAUCCUGACAUUAGGAAAUAAAGUGCUUUCCGGCGUACAAACCGAACCCUACAAUUCAGUUUGUUGGUGAUUAUCCAGCGUCGCCUUUCAAAAAUGUGAACUUAUGAGAAACACAUGAGACAAAUCGUCUUAUUCUCUGCAUUUCCUCAAACAUUCGUUUGUCUUGAAUGGACUGCUGUUUCUGAAUGUGGUAUAUUCAGUAACCAUGGCUAUGAUCACUCAAGAUCACCAAAUCUGUUGUGGAACUGCUGGACAUCAGUAGGCCUUUGUUGUCAUGCUUAUGAACGUGGUCAACAGUUUGUUCUCAGGACGAUGUAUUUGAUAUAGGACGUUAUAUAAGGCUUAUAAGCUCAGCUUUAAUGCAGUCGUAUCAAAUGCACAUGUUUAAUUCACUGUAUGAACUCUCAGGACCAAACACUGGGUCAUGUGAUGUUGUAAUUUUUUAAAGCGAUGGUGAUCGAGUGAUGCAUUAUACUUCCAAAUAUACGAGAUGACAAAACAGA